UUUUUUUUAUCCCACAGAUUACUUUGAAUAGGCCACGGGACACGACACAAGAUGUGAUUUAUUUUAUUUGUUUCUUUCUUGUGAAUUUUACAAAUCUUACAUUUGUGUUUGAUUAAAUUGACUGUAAAAAGUGACUUCCUUGAGUUCCUACAAUAAUAAUACUGGAUUGAGUUUCGUGUGUGCCAUCAAGUAUUGCCGUGUCACAAUAAGGACGUCACUCUUUCGCAGUGGCGAUAAUGGAUUGAUCGUAAUCGAAUUGGGUGGUCUUGUUGUUAUUGUGAUUCGGUUGGGUUCAGUGAGCAGCGGUGAUGGCGGAGACGAGCGAGGCGCAGGCCAGUGCGUCUGGACAGGCGGGCGCGUCGGGGCAGGCGGGCAGUGGCUCCGGGAGUGAGGAUGAGAAGCGAGACGAGCGCAUGCUAGAGUGCAACAUCUGCCUCGACACAGCGCGCGACGCUGUCGUCAGCAUGUGCGGACAUCUGUUCUGCUGGCCAUGUCUGCACCAGUGGCUGGAGACACGGCCGAGCCGUCAGGUGUGCCCGGUGUGCAAGGCCGCCAUCAGCCGGGACAAGGUGAUCCCGCUGUACGGCCGCGGGAACACUAAGCAGGAGGAUCCCAGAAAUAAGGUGCCACCGCGGCCAGCAGGGCAGCGCACAGAGCCGGAGAACAACAGCGGGUUCCCCGGGUUUGGGUUUGGUGAUGGCUUCCACAUGUCCUUCGGCAUUGGCGCCUUCCCAUUUGGAGUCUUCACCUCCACCUUCAACUUUGGCGACCCCAGGCCCAGUGCUGCUCCACGCGGCACAGCGCAGUACGAAGAGGAGCAGUUCCUAUCGAAGAUAUUCCUGUGGGUGGCCAUUCUGUUUGUGUUGUGGCUGAUAUUCGCCUGACCGCGACGCAUGCACCCGCCGGCCCGCGGCCCCCGCGCGCCCCCCGCCCCCGCGCGAGCCCCGCGCUCCGCCGCACCAGAUCACCCAUAUCGACUCCGCAGCGACCUAUUUUUUUGCAUUGAGCACUAUGGCCGACUCACUAAACGCAACACUUUGGAUACCAUUCAUAAAUCGAUCUUUAAGGGUCAAUUUCGAACUGAAAGUGUUGCAUUUAUUGUGUGUCCACUGUACCUAUCGUUUAUGUCCUGAUUUCCAGUACGACUAGUGAUAUGUUCAUAUGCUGGGGGUAUCAUUGCCCUAUUAUAGUCUAGUAAUGUUUUGAAAUUCGCUUGUGUGAUUCAUGUCAAGCAGAAUAUCGAGUAAAUCAUUAAAAGCUGAUGCAAUA